ACCAUUCCACCUUAACAUCACUACUAUCAUGGAGAUCCUACGUGAAAAUUUUCAUGCAGAGCUGCCUUACAUCCGGGAAGCCAUUAAUGAGGCUGAAUUUAUUGCGAUCGAUGCAGAGUUUUCUGGUUUGCAUACAGAGCCUAAUAGACGUACUCAGAACACGACGCUUGAAGAAGGAUAUGAAGAGCUUCGUAAGAGCGCAUCCCAGUUCCUGACUGUGCAAAUAGGCAUUGCAACCUUUACGUUCGAUCCCAGAAAUGGCAACUACGUAUCCAAGCCAUUCAACUUUUUCAUUUUUCCAACGACCUCAACUGGGUAUUCUUCUCAAGGAAGAUGCUUCCUUACAGAAGCAUCCAGUUUUGAUUUCCUGGCCAAAAAUAAGUUUGAUUUUAACAAGUGGAUAUAUCACGGUGUCCAAUAUCUGACUAAAACGGAUGAGGAGAACUUUAGACGGGACCGUAUUAGAUUAUAUAACAACGACUUUGAUGUUAUUGGGAUAGAUCCAGCAAUCGCACCAUGGCUCGAGUCUGCAAUUCAGAAAAUUACCGAGUGGAAAGACAACCCCAAUGCAUUCAAUUUUGUUAACAUUUCAGCUGCUAAUGCCUAUCAGCGUAGACUUGUCUUUCAGGAGAUCCGCAGAAUAUGGGGUAACGAGCUGCAUACACGAACACAAGGAUCCUACAUCAACAUCAUAAAGACAACCCCUGAUAUCAUCUUUCAAAGACAGCAACGCGAAGCAGGAAUUGAGAAAGAAGUCGAGUAUGCAAGAGGGUUUCGCACUGUUAUCGAUCUACUCUCCGCUUGUGGAAAGCCAAUUGUAGGUCAUAACAUUGUCAUCGAUCUCGCGUACAUUUUGGCUCAAUUUAUAGGCCCAUUACCACCGACUAUGGAGGAAUACAAGGAGAUGAUUCAUCAGACAUUCCCUAUCGUCUUGGAUACAAAAUUCGUCUCCUCUACUGCUCAUUCUAUCAAGCAUCUUAUGCGUGAUUCUAGCCUCGGUGGUCUAGAGAUGUUGGUGAACCAGGUUGAAUUCAUGGGUUGCCCCAGAGUUACACCGCAUUAUAGACAUCAGCGUUACCUUUCAAACGAUCGGUCACACGAGGCUGGAUAUGACGCAUACGUCACAGGGACAAUCUUGAUCAGGAUGUUAGCCCUCAUCGCAAAGCAUGAGCUCCCACCACCUCCCACUUCUUUGCCUGAUGAGAAGCAUAGGUCUAUAAAGCAAAAUAAUAUGAAGAAAUCUAACAAGGUAGAAAAGAAAUUAAAUGAAAAGGUGGACAGGGAGCAGCUCACAGAAGGAAAAAAUGCUGUUCUGGUGCCCCAUGGCGAACGGCUCGCGUCUAAUGUCACAUCCGCUGCAUCUGCUGUAUCUGCUGCAUCUGACACUGUCCCGAGUUCUUUGACUCGCCCUUUGGGUCCAUCUAAGAAGGUCUCGUAUGCACACGUUGUUCAAGGCUCAAGUAGUAGUGCGAAUGGUACAUCCACAAACCCUUCGCGCAUGCAGCAGCUAGGGUCUGAGCAGGUCCAAGUGGAAGCUAGAUCAGAUGAAAAUAUUGAAGAGAAGGAGGAGGCUGACGACGGAUGGGAAGAUGAGAGUAUUGAUGAGGAUUAUAACCAGCACCAUGUACAGGAUGUACACGUACGACCGUUCUCAAUCCAGAGUCCUUCAUUUAAGGACUAUCAGAAUAUCCUUUACUGGGGACGCUCCAACCACGGAUCCAUCUAUCUUUGCAACACAUGAUAUGCGAAAUAGCA